ACCAACGUUUUGUUUUGGCUCCUCAUCAUUCAUAGCACCCACUACCCCCACCUUUUUUCUCUGUUCUUCCUGUCUUUUUCUUCUCCAUCUCUUCCUUCUUCCUCGUCGACCCCUCAAAAAAUAAAAUAAAAAAUUCGAACAGCGUUAUGAGUAGAACUCGAAUUUCCUGGACUGUAAUUACACUGCUGAUAAUUCAUCUAUUCAAUCUCGCCAUCUCCGCCCCCACCUCCGCCGUACCACCUCCGCUGCCAGUUCUCCCGCUCCCCACCUUCUCCCAACUGAAAUGGCAGCAGCGAGAGCUCAUAAUGUUCCUUCACUUCGGCGUCAACACCUUCACCGACUCCGAGUGGGGCACCGGCCGCGAGAGCCCCGCCGUCUUCAACCCCACUCGGCUGAACGCUGAUCAGUGGGUCGGCGUCGCCGCCGAAGCCGGGUUCUCCCUCGUCAUCCUCACCGCCAAACACCACGAUGGCUUCUGCCUGUGGCCUUCUCGCUACACCGACCACUCAGUACGGAGCAGUCCGUGGCGGGACGGCCACGGUGACGUCGUCCGGGAGUUUGUCGACGCCGCCAAGGCCCGCGGCAUCGACGCCGGCCUGUACCUCUCGCCGUGGGAUCGACACGAUCGCAGAUACGGCCACAACGAGGCCUACAACGAAUACUACUUGGCCCAAUUACAAGAAUUGCUCAGAAACUAUGGGAGUGUGAGAGAGAUUUGGUUCGACGGGGCGAAGGGGUCGAAUGCGCCGAACAUGUCGUAUUACUUUGGAGAUUGGUUUUCGAUGGUGAAGGAAUUGCAGAGCUCAAUUAACAUAUUUUCCGAUGCGGGGCCCGACGUGAGGUGGAUCGGAAACGAGAAGGGGUUCGCCGGAUGUACGUGUUGGUCGACGAUUAACCGGACCUCGCUGUCCAUCGGAAAUGCUAGCAUUGUUGACUAUAUUAAUGCGGGUGAUCCGAAAGGGACUGAUUGGUUGCCUGCCGAAUGCGAUGUUUCGAUUCGACCGGGAUGGUUUUGGCACAAAUCACAAAAGCCAAAGCCACUAAGCAAAUUACUCGAAAUUUACUACAAGUCUGUAGGAAGAAAUUGUGUGUUAUUAUUUAACGUGCCACCAAACACACUCGGGCUUCUUUCAAAUAUUGAUGUGACAAGAUUAAAAGAGUUCAAAAGAGCCAUCGACACAAUAUUUACAAAAAAUUUGGCUGAGAAAUGCUCGGUACAGGCUAGCAGCCAAAGAGUAGGAAGUGAUUUUGGGCCAGAAAACGUGCUAGAUAGGGACCAUAUGUGGACCUAUUGGGCCCCUGGAGACCAAAACGCAAGAGAGCAUUGGAUCGAAGUCGAAUGCUUGGGCAUUGAACGGGUCAGAUUCAACGUGGUGAGGAUUCAGGAGGCGAUUGGGCUCGGUCAAAGGAUCGGACGGCACAAGGUUUAUGCAGACGGGAAGCUGGUAGCUCACGGAAGCACAGUAGGGUACAAGAGGCUUCACAGGCUUGAGAUGGGAGUGGUUGAAGCCCAUAGAGUGAGGAUUGAAGUUAAAGGGUCUCGUGGGUUGCCUUUGAUAUCUUCGAUUGGCCUGCACUUGGAUCCCUAUUAACUUGAAAUAGGACAAAACCCUAAAAGCCUAAAACUCACCGCUCACUUUCCUUUCUGUACUUUUUGCCCAAAAGGGCUUAUCCUUUUUUGUUUGGUUUCAAUGUCUUCUGGUGUACAAAGGCAUAAAGUGGUACAAAAAUUCAAGAUGUAAAGGUGCAGUAUGGGGUUGUGGGCAUGUGUUUUUGCAUUUGCCCUGUUGAUUUAAAAAAAAAUAAAAUAAAAUAAAAUGAUUUGUAUCUUCAAGUUAUGAUAAUAAAGGAAGAACAUUAAAGUGGGAUC